AUGCCGCCCAAAUCGAAAAAGUCGAAGCUCGCCGAACGUCGUGCCCUCGCUGCGGCCACCGCGGCCGGAGCUACGGGGAAAGACGGAUCUGGCAACAAAAACGGAGAUGUCUUCCACUUCGUUACCGUGAAUCCCAUAUCGGAAGACCAAAAGACUGAGAACAGGACGCUGAUCCGCUCGCACGCCAGCAAGUACAUAUGGAGGCAGCACCGAGCGAUACGGGGUGCGGAUGCCGGCGUGGGAGGUCCAUCCGGGAGCGCAGCUGGGAGCGGGAACGGCAACGGCAACGGCAACGGGAACGGACCCGGUUUGGCAGUACGCCAGUAUACCGGAGCUGAGGCCAGCAAGACCGUCGCUGCUUCUCGUCGUCGUGGACAGGCGUUCAAGGCCUGGACCGCGGGAGCCAAGGACGAAACACCGUUGGGCAGCAGGGUGGGAAUGGGAGUGACUGUGCACAAGGCCGUGACCAUGGUCAGCAGCAUAUCACAUAUGCAGACACAGGGACCUCCAGCCAUUCAGCCCAAUAGCGAUAUACAUACCAGCGUUGCUGCCAACGGCGCCACCAACGGCGUGGAAGGGGAUGCAGAUGCCGAUGUAGAGGAGAUAAUACAACCCAAAACCUACGAGGACGACGACAGUGACUCUGAGGGCUCUCCGCCUCCGACAGGCUGUCGCGCGAUAGCACCACAUAUUUGGACACCUGAUCCCAUGCGAUCCAGCGUGGAUAGAAACAACAAUGUCAACCGUCCGUUCAACCAACUUAUCAACUGGCUCGAGAAUCCCGGUCAAAUGUGUCCCUCCAUGCUUGACGAGUCGGCCAUAAGUAAGCUCAUGCGGUACGCUGCCUUUGAUCUAUGGCCUGGUCUGGUGCUGGGCGCUGAAGGACAGCGCUGGGACCGUGAAGCUGCGGCGGGAGUAUGGCUGCCUCGCGCCAUGGCGAACCCAGCGCUAUUUACCGCAUUCCUGUACGGAGCUGCAGGCCAUAUGCAAACGCGCCGGCGUCUGGAUAGCGUACAGGUUGUGCCUCAGACGAGGGAGGAGAAGCUGGAGCAGAUUGUAUGCGAAACAGAGACGAUCAAGCAGCUGAAUAAGAUGAUGAAGGAUCCGUCUCAGGCGUUUUCGGAUGAAGUCGUUCUCGCCGUGCUGUGUAUGGCCUUUAACCGGAUAGAUUAUUCGGGCUGGACGGUAUCGGAUCCGUCCCCCAAGGCUCCCUUGAGGAAUCUACAAUGGCUGGAUGUCUACGGCGGGUUGUCGUUGAACGACCACCAUGUUAAAGGGUUGAUGGCAAUUAUCGAGACGAGAGGAGGGUUGAAGGCGUUGAAGAUGCCCGGCUUGGCCGAGACGUUAUCUACAUCUGGCGUUAUGCUGUCGACGAAAUAUCUCGCCAAACCUCGUCUGCCAUUCGUACCCAUCUUCAGGGAGACUGCCUAUGGUCAAACACCCAACUGGCCUUCUCUCAACCCUACCACAAGCAACAACGCCAACGGAAAUGGUAACACCCCAACCACCAACGCACCGGACGACUCUUCCUCUUCCUCAUCCACCAACACUCUACACCUCCUCCUCAGCACCCGCCCCAUGCAAAAUUCCAUCCCCACAAACCCCCUCUCUCCCAUCCCUCCAAACCUUCAAGUCAUCCUCCAAAACAUGCGCGAGUACAACAUCGUCGUCGACCUACAGACCCAAGGUCUACUCCCCAACCUCGAACUCUCCGUCAUCGCCGACCGCCGCAACUACAUCCAAUAUAACCUCGUCUCGCUACCUCCUUCCUACGAAUUCCCAGACGACUACGUCGCUACUUACAGACUAUACGAAGCCUGCCGUCUCGCAGCGAUGGUGUACAGCAUGCUGGUCAUCUUCCCUCUACCAGCAGCAAACAGGCCGUUCAAGAGACUGGUCUCGCUGCUGAUCAACGCCCUGAUCGCCGUGGACGGCGGCGACGGGCACGGCUGGGUGGCCGAAUGCGGGGAAUGGCCAUGGGACUACGGGCGAGAGAGCCUGGACAGACUAGGCCUGGAAGAGGAGGAGAGAGUGUCGUGUAUAUAUCUGUGGAUCAUCGUGAUGGGCGGCAUAGCGUCGAGAGGGAUGCCUGACAGCGAGUGGUUUGCAGCUCGGUUCGACCAGACGGUGCGGAUGAAGGGCCUAUCGACGUGGGAAGGGGUAAAGCAGUGUCUGACGUCGAUAAUGUGGAUGGACAGCGUCUGCGAUUACGGCGGCCUAGCCUUCUGGAGGGAAACUAGUACGGGAUUCUAA